UUUACUUCCGGACUCAGCAUGUGAAAAUAAACAAACGGAACUUCCUCGAUGUUAUCAAUUCGAUUGUUGGCACCAAGAUCUAGGAUGUCAACACUAAUUACUUUUACACAGUGUCAUGAACCAAAUCGUGCUUCGGAGCCAUAAAGGCGAAUACCUGCCAGGAGAAGACAUUUACGGAGCUGUUUACUUGAAUAUAGUAAGUACAACGACAGGAUGUGGCAUUCGUCUGAAAUUUCAAGGUUGUGAACAUUUUUUGUACAGGCUAGGAAACCCACCUGCAGAAGAGAAAUUUGAAGCAAAGAAACACUAUUUAGAUUAUCCUGACAUUGACCUGUACAAGAGUCAAGAUCUUUUUAUGUUAGGAAGUUACAUCUUCCCAUUCCGAAUUCGACUACUGACUGAGAUUCCUGCCUCCUUUGAAGCCAGUGGAGUGGGUUCAGAUUGUAGCUGGACAGCUCAGGUGACAUACAGCUUGAGUGCUGAGGUGAUUGAGGCUUCAAAUCUUAAUACGACCCAGACUGUAGUAGUGAACCACCCUUUGGGAAGGACAGAGAGGUCCAGUACCCCACAGGCCGUCACCAACAGACUGGACAUCCCCUACCUCCUAUUUUUCAAGAAGUCUUUUUUUGUCACAGCAAAAUUGCAGAAACAUGUCCAGCAGACUGGGGAGGGUAUGAAAGUCAGAAUUAUCAUAACAAACCAGACAAACAAGAACGUCAGUAACAUUACCGUCCGGCUGGUAAGGGAGAUAACUUUUGUAGCCAAGGGUGGAUUGUCAGGUACAAAGAUGUGUAAAGAUAACAGUAUACAGGAGACACAGGACAGAAUCUUUAUCUGUCCAGAGAAAGGACCCUUCACAGUACAGGAGAUACCAGUCGAUAGUUGUGCAGCAGAUAUCUUGAACAGCAGCGGACUGGACAAUUUUAUCAUACAACUGCAGGAACCUGACCAUCCACAUGCACCACUUCCGUCUUCUGUCUCAGGGAAUCACAUACAGUGCCGAUACGUAGUGGAGAUUUUAGUCAAGUUAGAGAACAACUCCAGUCUCGUCACUACAGUUCCAGUACCAUGUAUUUGGCAUCAGAAAAACAAACAGUGGGCGGACCAACCCAUACCAGGCUGGGCAUAUAACACAGAGGUCAAGCUGUCGGAAUCACCUUUCAGUGUCCCAGAAAACGUCCUCAGUGGUGAGGUAUUUGCAGGCAUUCCUAGAUUCCAGGCCCUGACAAGUUGACGAUAAGCCAACCUUUUAUUCUUGACAAGAUAAUUUUUAUACCAGAUUUUCUAUAUAUACUGACAUGUCUGUAGGCUGAAUAGAUGAUCUGUAUUCCUGGACAUGUUUAAGGCAGGGUACAUUGUUGUAAUAACCUGACAUGAAUGCAGGUUAUACCAAAAGUGUGGAUACAUGGGCAUGUUUGAAAGAUAUUAGGAUAGUCAAACCGUGGUUGUAAACUGUGUUGUCUUUUAGAAAAAGGGAGGAGGUGUUUAGCAGUACUGGACAUGGUCACCUGAGGUAGCUGAGGAGGCUUAGAGUGUACAUGUGCAGAUAGAGGUUGAAGGUAUUAGAUUUGAAUCUCUUAGGUUCAUUACCAGGAGUCUGUUAAGCCCACAAGUCUGAAAGUGGAACAGGUAUUAAGAAACAGUCAUGUCUGUGUGUAGGAUGAUACAGUGAAGAAUCUCCCUUGGGUAAAGUAUAGGUAAAAUGAUUAAAAUCAAACAUGAUGAUAUAUCAAAGAAGUGUUCUUCCGUAGUUUUAUCCGAUGUUAUGUAUGUAAUCUUAACCUCAUUCCGAGGGAUAGGUUGUAUUUCUUACCUUCCUUUUCGAUAAGAAAGAAAAGGAAAAAGCCAUUAAAGCAGUACAAAAGUGCCAUUAGAUGUGGCAAACAUUUUUUUUUCUAGUCUAUUGUGAUAUCCCAUUGGCUAUACACUAUUGAGAUAAUACAAUAAUAGUAAUCGAGACAUGUGGGUCAGAAGGAAUAUUUCAGUACUGCUGGUGGAUAAGCUAUUCUGUAUAUACUCCCACAUGUGCUAGGGUGGAUUAACUAUUCUGUAUAAACUCUGACAUGUGCUAGGGUGGAUUAGCUAUUCUGUAUAUACUCCCACAUGUGCUAGGGUGGAUUAGCUAUUCUGUUUAUACUCUGACAUGUCUGAGGGUGGAUUAGCUAUUCUGUAUAAACUCUGACAUGUCCCAAGGUGGAUAAACUAUUCUGUAUAUGCUCUGACAUGUGCUAGGGUGGAUUAGCUAUUUUGUAUAUACUUUGACAUGUCAUAGGGUGGAUUAACUAUUCUGUAUAUACUCUGACAUGUGCUAGGGUGGAUUAGCUAUUCUGUAUAUACUCCCACAUGUGCUAGGGUAGAUUAGCUAUUCUUUAUAUACUUUGACAUGUCAGAGGGUGGAUUAACUAUUCUGUAUAUACUCUGACAUGUGCUAGGGUGGAUUAGCUAUUUUGUAUAUACUCGGACAUUUGCCAAGGUGGAUAAACUAUUCUGUAUAUACUCCCACUUGUGCUAGGGUGGAUUAGCUAUUCUGUAUAUACUUUGACAUGUGCUAGGGUGGAUUAGCUAUUCUGUAUAUACUUUGACAUGUCAUAGGGUGGAUAAACUAUUUUGUAUAUACUCUGACAUGUGCUAGGGUGGAUUAGCUAUUCUGUAUAUACUCCCACAUGUGCUAGGGUGGAUUAGCUAUUCUGUAUAUACUCUGACAUGUGUUAGGGUGGAUUAGCUAUUCUGUAUAUACUCUGACAUGUCCUUGGAUGGAAUAGCUAUUCUGUAUAUAGUAUUACAUGUCGUAGUGUGGAAUAACUAUUCGGUAAUAGCUAUUCUGUAUAAACUUUGACAUGUGCUAUUGUGGCAUAGCUGUUCUGGUAUAUACUCUGACAUGUCCUCGGUUUGACUGCAGCUGGAAUAGCUAUUCGGCAUAUUCUCUGACAUGCGCUAGAGUGGAAUAAGUAUACAUUUAUUUUUCUGGGCAUGUGCUAGGGUGAGAUAGGUAUAUAUAUACCUGGACAUGUCUAUGUUAACAGCAACAUAAGCAAGAUCGGUUGUGGGAGCACUGCACAAUGCAAUAAUCAGAAUCAUCACCUUUGAGUUGUCCUUUAAAAAGGUCACUUGAUAUGCACAGUUUCAAGCUUAACUGAUUACAAUUAUAUACUAUAUUUAUCAUUGUCAACAUUUAAGAGAAAAGGGGCCUUACAUUGUUACAGAAUACAAUAAAAUGAUGCCUUUAUAAUGAUUGUUUACGAAGUAUGUUGGAAAUUAUUUUUGUAUAUGGUAUCGUAUUUUCUUUAUGAACUAUGAAUAGUAUAUUUUUUAUAAACUGUUUUCUGUUUACCAAAUAGUGGAUAAUAUUUCUCAGCUUUAUUUUCAAAUACUACUUAUGCAAUUACCCCAAAAAAUGUAAAUGAACGUUUUUUGCUAUCUUAGUUCAUUAGUUAAAAACCGAGGUUGAUUCGAUCACAAACUGUACAUGUCCUGGUUAGAAUGAGACGGCACGGUGCUAGUUCAUUAUUGACCUAGUCAAGAUGUUUCUUGACAACCACUGGAAUGAGCCAUUGUUCAUGUAAACCGUGUUCAAACCAUCUCGCUCUCUCUCUCUCUAUUUUGAGAUGGAUAUAUUUACGUUGUUCAUGUAAUAAUGACUACAAAACAUAGCAUUUUACUGCACCAUAUUGCCAUGCCAUCUCAUCAGUAGAACUCAACGUUGGAAGAAGAAAAAAAAAAUAAAAACAAACAUCGGCAGAAAAACAGUGAAAAGAUAGGUGUAACAUCGUCUCUCUGUUUAGAGGUACGUGCACAUUGUGCCUAACGCACUGGUCUCUAUCUUAGGGGGUACACAUUACUUAUAAAGGGACUUCAACUGGAUAGGUUAUUUCUGUUUACUGGUCUCUAUCUUAGGGGGAACACAUUACUUAUAAAGGGACUUCAACUGGAUAGGUUAUUUCUGUUUACUGGUCUCUAUCUUAGGGGGUACACAUUACUUAUAAAGGGACUUCAACUGGAUAGGUUAUAUCUGUUUGGAAAUUGUUUAAUUGAAAUCCAAUUAUCCACAUGUACAUUUUAUAACUAAAUAACAUCAGUCUUCUGAAGACUCUAUUACUGAGCAUAGCAGUAAUGAGCAUUCCUUAGUUAGUCACUGCUGUGUUCGGUACCGAUGUGAAUGACACUCUGUAAGUUCGAUAUUAUAGUGACCUGUUUUACAUUGGCGGUGGUUUAAAUGUUUUAUUGGCGUCUUUGGGAAAUAUAUACGGAUUUGGGAUAUUGAAUUUUUAAUAUGCAAUUUUUCAAUGCCUACUAAACAUUACGGUAGAACUGCAUCAUCAAGUUUAAGUAAACUUAAUAUGGAGAGUCUGCUACCACGCAGUCCACAACAUAUAUCUUACAUGUAAUUUGUAAUCCAUCAAUUAAAUUCAUACCGUCAUUUUAUAUAGUUGCAUAAGCAUUGGCACUCUGGCAAUGAUAUAUAACACCAGGCAUACAAAGCGGUUUGUAGUGCAUUAGACAUUGCUGGAAAAAAGGAUGGAACACUUUUCAUAGCAUCACCAUUAAUCUUGAGUGUUUAUGUGGGGUAACGGUGGACUAAGUAGUCAGUCUGGCUAGUGUUCAGGGGGAUUUAUUUAUCUGAAAAACGUUUUGGAUCAGACAAAUAUUUAAUUCAUGCCAUUGUUGUUGAUAUAACAACGUUAUUCAUUCCAAUGUGCAUUAGGGUAGACAGACCACACAACAGUGAACAAAUACUGCACACUGAUAGAUGUAAUUCUAAGUGAAAAUGGUUUUGUACGGAUAUUCUAAAAAAACAUUUAUUCACUAAAUACAUUUUUUUCAUUGGUAGCAAAGUGCUCGUUAAAGUACAAGUGUCUUAAGAGUAUAUUAUUGAUAUAACUUGUACUGACACAAAUAUGAUAUUCUUGGCAUAAACACGAAUUGUCGUUUCCAAUGUUGAAUGCAUUUUCCACUCUGUGUUUUAAGAGAAGUAGGGCCGUGUAAUUGUGAAAGUGUUAGCCCUAUACAUGUGUAAUUGCCUUAUUAAAGUUAUUCUAAAUAUAUGCUUUUUACAUGGCUGUUGGUUAUGACCCUGGGACAUAUGAUUAAAAUGUUGUGCACCGUAUAUCAUCUAAUAUGCGCAUUCCUUAUAGGGCGCCUCCUAUCAUUGUCCUACUCCGAGUGCCCCAUUCCUUCACAGUAAUUUGCGGAUUUGAAAAUCGUAUUUUUUGAGAAAUUUUGUUUGUGGAAAGUUCUGCAAUUAUUUCAACUGUUGCCUCAUAACAAAGUGUCCAAUGUAUAUUAAGUUGAAUACAUUUUUUAAGUCAGUAAAAUGUAAUUAAGCUGAAAAUAUAUUUUUGUUUUAGUCAAAAAAUGAGAUUGCCAACUUAUUCCAUCCAAAUAAUCAGUGGACGUAUUUAUGGUUCAAGAGUACCAUGUUAAUUAACACGUUAUGACUUUAUUCUGCAUCUUUACAUUGUAACAAGAUUUGUCGAACUUGAUAUCGCCUGAUCAACGCCAGGUUGAUGAUAUACCAUGUUGCUACAUUCAUUUUUAUUUAUCACUUUUAUUUAUCACAUAAUCGGCCUGUUAUC